AUGGAGAAAAGCACCCGCUCUCAAAACUCCGCCUCCUCCUUCGAGGGUCUCCCCCCUCCCGACCUGCACCUCCAGUCCAAACUCCGCACCCUCGGCGCCCUCGACAGCGCCCGCGCCAUCUCGACGGCCCUCGCCUUGCUUAUCGGCCUCACCGUGCUCGGGCUUGCCGGGCAAACCCUACGCGUGUACAACGAGACACACGUCGCGGACGAGGCGACAUUGUUGCCGCUGUGGCCGGCCGAGUUUAAUGUCCGCCCGACGGUGUCGUUGGUUGUGGGUAGUGCGGUUGUUGUUGUGGUGAAUCUGUUUGGGGUUUUGUGCAGUUAUGUGCGUGCUCUCCGCACCCGCGCAACCCUCCACACCCCCACAACCUUCACCACCCCCCUCCUGGGCCUAACCGCCUCCCUCAUCGCCAUCAUCUUCUACUACACCGCCAACGCCUCCGACGUGUCGGACACCUUCGUAUCCUGGACCUGUCGCUGGCGAGCCGUGCCCAUGACCCAGGCUCCCUAUUGGGACACACUCUGCGAGCAGAGCCAGGCCGGGCUGUACCUGGCUGUUGUGCUGGUGCCGGUGGAGGUUGCGGGUGUGGUGUUGGCUGGGGCGCAGUGGAGGGUGGAGAGGUAUGUGGACGGGUAUUUGGGGGCGAGGAAGACGCCUGUUUUGGGCUGA